AUGACAGUCUCGGAGACAAAGGAGUCAAAAUGCGAUGUCCUCAUCGUUGGUGCUGGUCCAGCAGGAAUGAUGCUCUCGGCUUGGAUGGCGAGAUGUGGCAUCAAUGCUCGCGUCGUCGACAAACGUGGCACAAAGAUUUACUCAGGACAAGCGGACGGUUUACAACUCCGCAGUCUAGAGAUUUUUGACAGCUUUGGCUUCGCCGAUAGAGCUUGGAAGGAAGCCAAUCAUUUGAUAGAGUUCUGCAUGUGGAAUCCCGGCAAAGACGGUGUGAUACGCCGCUCAGAUGGGGUGCCCGAUACACCACCUGGUCUCUCUCGAUUCAAAGAGAUCGUACUCCACCAGGGACGGAUUGAAAGAUUCUUCCUUGACCACAUCAAAAAACACUCUAAGGAUACGCUACGUGUCGAGCGUGCGGUGUUACCCGAGUCGCUCCAUAUCACUGAAGAUCGAGUAGACGAUCAUUCACCAGAUAAUUAUCCCAUCACAGUUCAGCUUCGAUAUCUUACCGAGGAUGAGGCCAAACCAGCUCAAAGCAAAGGCUCUGGAAUCAACGACGGUCUCUUCAGAAGUAAUCUGGCAGAUGAUGACACUGAAGAUCUCAUCGCGAACAGCCAGCAAAAGGAGGGUAGCACGGAGACUGUGAGAGCGAAAUACGUUGUAGGCUGCGAUGGCGCCCACAGUUGGACACGAAAGCAACUAGGCUUUGAGCUGGAAGGGGAGCCUACAGAUCACAUCUGGGGUGUGUUGGACAUUAUUCCUAUUACUGACUUUCCAGACGUCCGUAAACGUUGCGCGAUACAUAGCGAGUCUUCAGGAUCGAUGAUGAUCAUCCCACGUGAGAACAAGCUUGCCCGGCUCUACAUCCAGCUCACGGAGAUCAAGCCCGACGCCAGUGGUCGAGCGGAUAGAUCAAAGAUCACACCCGAUACUAUUCUCACCGCUGCGCAAAAGAUCAUUGCACCGUAUAAGCUGACAUACGAAUACUGCGACUGGUGGACGGCGUACCAGAUCGGCCAGAGAGUCGGCAAGAACUUCGAUCACAAGAGUCGCGUGUUCCUGGCUGGCGAUGCCGUGCAUACACACUCACCGAAGGCUGGUCAAGGAAUGAAUGUCUCCAUGCAGGAUGGGUACAACCUGGGUUGGAAGCUGGGUUUGGUGGUGAAAGGUAUCGCUCAACCUUCCAUUUUGAAGACAUACCAGUCAGAGCGGAGGCGUAUUGCGCAGGAUUUGAUAGCAUUCGACCACAAGUUUUCAAGAUUGUUCUCAGGGCGGCCGGCGAAGGAUGUCAUGGAUGAGGAGGGAGUCAGUAUGGACGAGUUUAAGCAGGCAUUCCUCAAGGGUCAACUAUUCGCUACAGGGCUCUCGGUAGAUUAUGGAACGAGUAUGUUGGUUGGCAAACCAGGCAACGCGGCAGAUCAAGGCGACGGGACAGACGUAUCUUCAAAGUUCGAGAUCAUCGGCAAGCAAGAGCUCGCCUCAGAGACGAAGUUGGGCAUGCGUUUCCCAAGCUACCAAGUCAUCAACCAAUCCGACGGCCGAGCCUGGGAGUUCCAGCAGAAGUUGAAAAGCGAUGGACGAUUCCGCAUCAUUGUAUUUGCCGGUAAUGUCGCAAAUGCACAACAGAGCGCCCGCUUGAAAGGCUUCUGCGAGACUUUAUCGUCCUCAUCAUUACUGGCUCCCCAUCUCAUCAAGAACGUGGAAGUGCUCACAUUGCACUCCUCGAAGCGCAAGGAAGUAGAGCUUUUGCGCGACUUCCCAGAUAUCUUGCACCCAUUUGAUUCGAAAUUUGGAUGGGAUUACGAUUCAGUGUAUGCCGAUGAUGCCAAUCCGUUCGAGGGCUUUGGCGAUGCAUAUAAGGGGUAUGGUGUCGACAGGGAGACAGGAUGUGUGGUCGUUACGAGACCGGAUCAAUACGUUGGUUACAUUGACACGGUCGACGCGGGAGGUUUCAAGGGUGUUGAGACUUAUUUUAAGGGGAUAUUUGCAUCCUAA